AUGCCCGGACUCUCCGCCUUCAUGCUCUCCGCUUGGGCGGCCAAGAGCGGGAUGCCCGCUGCUGCACGCAAGUGGUCGCUCGAGCCCGCGGCGAGCCGGUUCACCCUCACGCUCGCGCCGAGCAACCGCUGGUGCGCGCACGUCGGACGGCAGCACCGCUCGAACGGGACGCUCCUCGUGGCCAGCCUUGCGCGCGGCACUUUCCAGCAGCGGUGCUUCGACGCCGACUGCCGCGAGCAAGGGUUCCGCGGCUCCGACGAGCUCCCCAUCCCACUUGGGGUGCUGCAGGCGGCGAGCACCGCGUUGGUCACCCCAUCAACGGCCACCCCAGAGCUAGAUCUGGCUAAUGAUUGGGACGAGGGGGAGGGGUGGAGCUUGCAGGCGCUCGCGCAGCUCGACGCGGCCGAGGAAAAGGCGCGCCGCCAGCUGGAGGGUCGUGUCGCGUGA